AUGGACGAUUACACUAGAGAGAUGAUGGAUCUCAAGACCUUAGUCACUCGAACCCUCGAGAAAAAGGGUGUUCUCGCUAAGAUCCGGGCUGAGCUCCGUGCGAGUGUGUUUGAGGCGAUCGAAGAAGAAGAUCGAGUGAUUGAGAACAACGAAGGGCUUCCUCCUGCUUUGUUGGGAAGCUGCAAUGAUCGUGCAAGGCAGCUUCAUGCUUCUCCUAAAGGCAGGUUGCUAUCUGCAUUCAUUUGUGAGUAUUUGGACUGGGCGCAACUAAAUCACACACUAAAAGUUUAUCAACCAGAAUGCAAUUUGCCAAAAGAUUCUUGGAAGUCAGAGUUAUGCGACUUUAGUAGCAACAAUGGCUAUGAGCUCAACAGAAAUGGAGAUAGCGCACCUCUCCUUUUGGAAGUUCUUGAAGGAUUCUUAAAGUUCGAGGCCAUGGGUGGUAGUUCAAGGAGAGAGUUAGAAACCGAGUCCUCAUCAAGCCUUGAGUCUAGAAAUCCUCCUCGUAAAUCAUCGGUUUCUGAUAGCUUACCUCCUCAACGAAGGUCGGUUUCUGCAUCUCAAGCGUCGGACCAAAGAGCAGCUACCUCUGGGUACAGAAAAGAUGAACUGAAUUCAAGAUAUGAGAGUGAAGAUGCAACGGAAGAGGUGAUGAGAGCUUCAACGGCGCUGGAAAAUCUUCAGCUCGAUAGGAAAACUCAGAACCUAACAUCGUCUUGGAGGAAUGUGAGGGAUGGAACAAGUGAAGAAGAAGAGAAAGAUUGA